GGUCUAUGGCGUCACGGGUGACGUCACCGGCUCUUCGCCCCGAUCCUCCCCAAUCUGACGGUGUUCUGCUCGUUUUAUGACAUAAUCUGGCGAUAAUAAAGCAUGUCUACUCCUGCGAGACGAAGGCUUAUGAGAGACUUUAAGAGACUUCAGGAAGACCCUCCGACCGGCGUCAGCGGCGCUCCUUCAGAAAACAACAUCAUGCUGUGGAACGCUGUGAUUUUUGGGCCUGUAGGAACGCCCUUUGAAGAUGGAACAUUUAAACUCGUUAUUGAAUUUUCAGAAGAAUAUCCCAACAAGCCUCCUACGGUUCGCUUCAUCUCCAAAAUGUUCCACCCCAACGUGUAUGCAGAUGGCAGUAUAUGUUUAGACAUUCUCCAGAACCGCUGGAGUCCCACGUAUGACGUCUCCUCCAUUCUGACAUCCAUCCAGUCUCUAUUGGACGAGCCGAACCCCAACAGCCCAGCCAACAGCCAGGCGGCCCAGCUCUACCAGGAGAACAAGCGCGAGUACGAGAAGAGGGUGUCCGCCAUCGUGGAGCAGAGCUGGGUCGACUCGUAACACACACACACACACACACACACAGGAACUAUAUUUGUGUGCUUAUUUAUUUUAACUGCAUGGUAAGUCAUUGCUAACCGAGUUUGAGAUGUGCUGUCGUGGGGUUGGUUUGGAUCCCUGAACACGUUCUGUAGUUAAACACCAGUCAUAUAUAUCCGAGGAUGAUGUCAUGCCGUUUGAGGAGUGACUCUGGGAAUCAUGUUUUUGUAUCUGUAUUUGAGAACAUCGUUACGCUCACGUGUUUGUGCUUCAGAUAUAAAGCAAACGAGCAGAUGUUCGGAGAGUUAGCUUUUGUGAAUUUAUCAUAAGAACAUUUAUACUUCUAAUAUGCUGUAUAAAAAAAUUAAAAAUAUUCAGACUUGGA